CAAACAGCGUGAGGAAGACAAAGCAGAGAUAAGGAGGCUCCUCGCAGCCCUGCCUUGUGAACUUGACACUUUGCAGACUGCAGCCAGCAUGGUUGUCCUGCAUCCAGUGACUCUGGGAAUUUACCUUCAGCUUUUCUUCCGCUUCAUCGUGUCUCAGCCCACUUUCCUCAACAGCGUGCUCCCAAUUUCAGCAGCCCUUCCCGGUCUGGAUCAGAGGAAGCGUGGUGGCCACAGAGCAUGCUGCCUGCUGACCCCCCCACCGCCCCCUCUUUUCCCACCACCAUUCUUCAGAGGGGGGCGAAGUCCGCUUCUCUCUCCAGAUGUGAAGAAUCUCAUCCUGGAACUGGAAACCACGCAGCCUCCGUGUGUGCAAGGGUCGCUCAGCUCCCCUGGGCCCCCAGGCCCCCAGGGCCCACCCGGCAUUCCUGGCAAGAUAGGACCAAAGGGAGAAAAGGGGGAGCUUGGCCGACCAGGAAGGAAGGGCAGACCUGGCCCCCCAGGGGUUCCUGGCAUGCCCGGGCCUGUUGGCUGGCCUGGCCCUGAAGGCCCUAGGGGUGAAAAAGGUGACCUGGGUAUGAUGGGCUUGCCAGGGUCAAGAGGACCAAUGGGCUCCAAGGGCUACCCUGGAUCCAGAGGGGAGAAGGGAUCCAGAGGUGAAAGAGGUGACUUGGGUCCCAAAGGAGAAAAGGGAUUCCCAGGAUUUCCUGGAAUGUUGGGGCAGAAAGGUGAAAUGGGGCCAAAGGGUGAGCCUGGGAUAGCGGGACACCGGGGGCCCACAGGAAGACCAGGCAAACGAGGCAAGCAGGGGCAGAAGGGAGAUAGUGGAGUGAUGGGCCCACCAGGCAAACCUGGGCCUUCUGGUCAAACUGGUCGUCCUGGUCCCCCAGGCCCCCCGGGCCCCCCAUCUGCAGGACAACUGGUAAUGGGACCCAAAGGGGAAAGAGGAUUUCCCGGGCCUCCAGGAAGAUGUCUUUGUGGCCCCCCCAUGAAUAUGAACAACCCUUCCUACGGGGAGUCCGCGUACGGGCCCAGUUCCCCAAGGGUUCCUGUGAUUUUUGUGGUCAACAACCAGGAGGAACUUGAGAGGCUGAACACCCAAAAUGCCAUUGCCUUCCGCAGAGACCAGAGGUCUCUUUACUUCAAGGACAGCCUGGGCUGGCUCCCUAUCCAGCUGACGCCUUUCUAUCCUGUGGACUACCCUGUAGACCACCGGGGCUCCUGUGGGGAUGGGAUCCUGCAGCUCGGGGAGGAAUGUGAUGACGGGAACAGCGACGUGGGUGACAACUGCAUCCGCUGUCGCAGGGCCUACUGCGGAGAUGGCCACCGGCACAAGGGCGUGGAGGACUGUGAUGGCUCUGACUUCGGCCACCUGACCUGCGAGACCUAUCUCCCUGGGUCCUACGGAGACCUUCGGUGCACCCCUUACUGCUACAUCGACUCCACGCCCUGCCGCUACUUCACCUGAGGGCCACCAAGAGGCGGCGGCUGCACCCACGGAACUGACAGCAGCUUCUCCACCCUGGGCAGACUGACCUCGCCCUGUCUUGGUCCGGUUUCCACCACCUUUGUGCGACAGAAACAAGGACAAACUCUUGCUGCUAAGACAUGCUUUUCACUCAGUCCAACUGGAAGAGCUUCAGACGCUGCAUCCUGUCUUCUCCCCAAGCCCCCGGCCCUCCUCCACACAACCAGCCUGGGGGCUGCUCCCCACCGCGACCGUCGGCCUCCAGGGCCCUCCCCUUACCAAUGUCAUGGACUUGGCUUCGCACUGUUAGACACACACAGACUGCUGGAGUCUGCUCAUAUCCACAGGGGGCGUCAGGUGUGCUGGCUUCUAAGUUCCCCCCGACUUCCAGAAUUGCAGGCGUUCCAACCCGGCAGUUGGCCAUCAGGGCUCCCGGGCCCGGGGAACCAUAGAGCAGGGAGUGGACCUGUUUUGGGGUGGCUCCCAGCCCUGGGCCCACUGAAGUACCCCCACCCCCAAGCUGGAUGCAGCCCAGCCCACCUCAAGUGGAUGGGGCUCCCACAGGAAGAGCCCCAACUGUGAAUAAGCACUGAGAAACCCGCGUCCUGACUGGGAGGAACGGGAGGGUAAGGUCCCACCGGGGUGCUGGCCCUAUGGACAGGAGCGGGGCCGUGGCCCCAAGCGACUGCUCUUGGGGCUUGCCUAUCCCCGGCACCAUGCUGACCUUGUGGCUCUGCGCACUUGGACCUCUGUCCUGUGUCCCUUUCCCCUUUGGGACAUUCGCUAGCAGCCAGGCCAUCAUCUGGUUUCCCAUCUGGGCCCCAUGACUGAGCACGAGCUCCGUCCGGGCAGAGCAGGCAUCCACCCUGAGUGCCCGCGCCCGGGUGCCUGCUGACUCCCACCAGCGCCCCAGGACCUCCCUCCCGCCUCCACGUGCAUGGCCAUGUCCACAUGCACGUGCACAAGCCCACGUUUCUACCGGAGUAUCAGUCCUGUGUGUCUCCGAGCUGCCGUUUGUCACGCUUUCCUGAGUGGGGCUUAGCUUUGUUUGGGAAAGCCAUCUCCCCCGCCGCAGACCUCAAAUGGGACUUGCCCGUUGGUGACAAGAUGGAGGGAUACUCCUGGGCUUGUGGACAAGUCUGUUUAAUGUGCCUGCUUCUCAGGCACUCGGCCUGCUGGUGGUCCCUCAGGGGCAGGGUCAGCCCAUCGGCGGUGUCUUAGAGGUGGGCACAGUGGCCAGCCUGGCUCCCUCAGCCUCUACCGCAAGUCCUGGGCUGAUGCAACAGGGCCCACAUCUGUCCAUGUGAAGCCACCGCCUUCAUCCUGGGAUCUCCGGAUGGGAAAUCGAGAAAUAAAGGCAGUGUACUUCCCUA